UUUUUUUUGACAAAUUUCUUUGUUCUUGUUCUUUAUGCUGUGAUUAGGAUUAAAAUUGUUUAUGUUUUAAAUAAAAUUAUCUUUUCUACUUUUCUUGAAGUUGAAAGGAAAUUUAAAUGGAAGUGAAACAAGAAUCAAUUAUUAAUUUUCCAAAAGAAGAAUGUGAAAUCAAAGUAGAAAAUAUUGAUGUCCAUGAUGUUGAAGUUUCUUAUUCUGUUAAAACUGAAGUAAAGGAUGAAUUAUUAGAGUCAUGUUCUCCGAAUAAUGAUACACACAGUAAUUUUGAUGAUGCGAAUUCUAUAGACUCACAAACUAAGGCAUUUUAUAUUGAAGACAUCAAGUUAGAAGAGGAGGAUAAGCCGGAUAUAAUUCCUAUUGAAAAUGGUUAUCUCCAAAACGAAAACAAAAUGGAAGUUAUGGAGACACCAACUAGUGAACAUUCAUUUUACGAAAGAAAUUAUGUGAGUCCACAAGCUGAAGAAAAAACAUUGAAUGAAAAUGUGAAAGUUGCGAUUGGACAAACAUCUUACAAGUGCGAAAUUUGUUCUAAGCAGUUUACCCAAGCAAGUAGUUUGAAAACACAUUCGAGAAUACACACUGAAGACAAACUCUACAAAUGUGAAAUUUGUUUGAAGCAAUUUAUUACGGCAGGUAAUUUGAAAGCACAUUUAAGAGUGCACACUGGAGAAACACCUUACAAGUGUGAAAUUUGUUUUAAGCAGUUUAUUACACCAAGUAAGUUGAAAGCACAUUUGAGAGUGCACACUGGGGAAAAACCAUAUAAAUGUGAAAUUUGUUUUAAGCACUUUCGUGAAGCAGGCAAUUUGAAAACACAUUUGAGAGUUCACACUGGAGACAAACCAUACAAAUGUGAAAUUUGUUUGAAGCAAUUUAUUACGGCAUGUAAUUUGAAAACACAUUUGAGAGUUCACAGUGGAGACAAACCCUACAAAUGUGAAAUUUGUUUUAAGCAAUUUAUUACGGCAGGUCAUUUGAAAACUCAUUUCAGAGUGCACACUGGGGAAAAACCUUACAAGUGCGAAGUUUGUUUUAAGCAAUUUUCUGCAACAAAUUCUUUGAAAAUACAUUUGAGAGUGCACACUGGGGAAAAACCUUACAAGUGUAAAAUUUGCUUUAAGCACUUUCGUGAAACAACACAGUUGAAAAAACAUUUGAGUGUGCACACAGUAGUAAAUCUUCACAAGUGUGAAAUUUGUUUUAAGCAAUUUAUUACGGCAGGUCAUUUGAAAACACAUUUCAGAGUGCACACUGGGGAAAAACCUUACAAGUGCGAAGUUUGUUUUAAGCAAUUUUCUGCAAAAAAUUCUUUGAAAAUACAUUUGAGAGUGCACACUGGGGAAAAACCUUACAAGUGUAAAAUUUGCUUUAAGCACUUUCGUGAAACAAGACAGUUGAAAAAACAUUUGAGAGUGCACACUGGAGAAAAUCAUCACAAGUGUGAAAUUUGUUUUAAACAGUUUAUUCGAAUAGAUCAUUUGAAAAGACAUUUGAGAUUUACACACUGGGAAAAACCUUAAAAGUGUAAAGUUUGUUUUAAGCAGUUUAUUACAGCAAGUAACUUGAAAGCACAUAUAAUAUGAUGACUCACACUGGAGAAAAAUCUUACAAGUGUGAAAUUUGUUUUAAGCAGUUUAUUCGAAUACAUCAUUUGAAAAGACAUUUGAGAUUUACACACUGAAAAAAAACCUUAAAAGUGGGAAGUUUGUUUUAAACAGUUUAGUGGAGGAGGUUGUUUGAAAAACCAUUUGAGGUUGAAAAACCUUAUAAGUGUAAUAUUUGUUUUACAGUACCUGGCCAAAUUAUUAGUCCAGGUAAGGAAAAAUUUACUAUAUGUUAUUUCUCUCAUGAUUAUGAAUAUAUUUGAAAAAAAAAAUGAUU